CUCAGAACUGCUCUCCUCAUAGAAGAUCUCCUGGAUCCAGAUGCCAGAUAGCAAAAGGUUUGUACGUCUAGCACCAGACCCAACCAGUGUCUCGACAUUUCUACCUACUCACUUCAAAACAGCGUUACUACAUCUUUUUAAUUUAACUCCGCACUCUCCAAAGCAGAGCGUUGUCAAAGGAUGAAAGGAUUUCGACUUCAAGUGUUUAUUGUCUUCACCACCUUCCUGUGGACAUCAGGGCUAGGAUGCCACAGCGGAAAUGAAGAUUUGCGGUGUACAGUUGAUUACCUCGCAACAAUGACUUGUUGCUGGUCGGAACAAGUUUCUAAAAAUGCCGACUGUACAUUGUGGGUUAAUGACCCAGAUCAUGACGAGGAGGACGAGGAUGAGCCUGAAUUUCCAAAAACCUGCACCCCAAGGUCAUCGGAGAUGCAAGGCAGAAGCUGCAAUCUCACCUUCCAGUUUUUCGCUGCUGCACAGAUCUUUAACAUGACUCUGCUCUGCCCAAGCCCUGAAGCUAAGGCUCCUGUCGUCUGGAUUCCAAAUUUCAAACCAUUGCACAACAUUAAGAUGAAACCACCAUUCAACCUAACAGUCACCAAUAAUUCCCAGACUCAGACCGAUUUCAGCUGGAUGAUAUACUAUGAAAUGCAAUUCAGUGAUAAACUGCAAAUUGAAUUGCGAUACAAAACUGAAGAUGAACAGUGGACAAAUGCCAGGAGUCUUCACAUUGUGAAGCAAAAACAACAGGCAUCGAUCGAUGGGUCUAAUCUGAAACCCGACCGUCAGUACAUAGCGCAAAUCCGCAGCAAAAUAUUGGAUAACAACCCAGAUUACUACAACAGUACGUGGAGCGAAUGGAGUCAAGAGGUCAAGUGGAAAUCGGCAGUACACACACACUCAGAUGGUAUCUUCAGAGUGACCCAGAUCACGUCGCUUUUGUUUGCGGGAAUCCUGGUAGUGUUGGCCAUUUUGGCAAUCUUGACCUUUAGACAGCUGACCAUAAGAAGGUACAAUGUGAAGAAACUCCAUUGGCUAUCCAUACCAGAUCCAGGCAAAUUCUUUUACGAGCUGAAUGCAACCUACGGAGGCAAUUUUCAGAAAUGGCUCGGGUCAACAUUACCAGCAUCGUUCAACAGCACCGAGGACCUAGGAACAGAAAUCUCUUCAGUUGAGAUUUCAGAAAUAAAAGAUUCAGAGUCCUUCAUCAAACAGGAUUACGUCUCAGACAGCAGUGGAUUCAAGAGUAUCGGAAAUUCAUCUCUGUCCAGCUUUGCGAACCAAGGCUACUUCUGGUUUAGGUAUCCCAGCACUUAUGAAGUGGAUUCCUGUAAAGUCUACUUCAGCUAUGACCGCAGCAGCCUUCAAUCAGGAAGUGAGGGGAGUGGGUCAUAUCUCGAGAAGAAUGGGUCUUGCCUGACCUUGUCCAAUGAUUCUCUAUAUGACAGCAGUCAGCAGAAUUCACCCUGUAGCGUCUUUGUAACAGAGCCAGAUCAGGAAUGCAUCUCAACUCAAAAUAAAGCCGGUGGAAAGGCCUCGACUGAUGAAGAAAUGGAUGGUCCACCAAGAGGACCUGAGUAUCCUACCAAUGUAAAAUCCUCAGGCAAAUUGGGGUACCUUGGACAACUGCUAAGAAAUGAUUGUCCAUCCAGAGGAAGUCAAGAGGGUCUCAAUCCGAUCAUCCAGAUGCACUUAUUUGAACAUUUGAACUACCCCUUUGUUUCUCUGGAGGACAUAACACUUACAACAAAAGAGGAAGGUAUCAGCAGAUCUGGCUCUGACAGCUUAAUGUUUGGUGAGAGUCAGAUGGGACCUCCACCCAUCAACAUGGAAAACAUAAUGAGCGCACAAUGUCCUCUUGAUGGGUUUAGGCAGGAAAGCGCCAAUAUUCUUAAGAGCACGUCUCUAAAUUUGGGGCAGUCUAGUGAUGCAUAUCUUUCCCUUAAGGAAGUUCAAAGUAAAUACAGUAACCAGUCAAUUUAG